GCCAUCCAACCCAACAUCUUAUUGCAUAUCAUGGCUGGAGUGAAAACUUCUUGGGAAGAUCUGUCCAAUCUUGGCUGGCAUAAGCAGCAGGUUUACAACACACUCAAUGCCCAGCGCGGAAAUACCAUGCAGGGCCUCGGAGACAUCGCCCUCAACGAGGGUUUCGCCGAAACCUGGAGCUGGUACUGUUACAACGUGACCAAAGGCGAUCCGUACGUCGUCGGUAACAGUGUCGACAAUGCCACAAAGACGACGACUGUCUGGUCUUAUGACAAUCGCAACAAUUCGCAACCGUUUACCACACGCUGGACCGAAACGUGGUCCACAACAUCGACGGCGUCUCUGACUGUAACUCGUAGUUCGUCGAUCAGUCUCACGUGGUCGGUCACUAUUGGGUCAGUGGCUGGUUCCGAUUUUUCCAUCAGCAGUUCCAAUGAGACCUCGUCGACUCAAUCGAAGGAAUCGACGCACACCUUGCAAAAUGACUGGGAGAUCACUGUCGGUGCUGGGGAGACUCUCUCGAUUCUGAGGACUCAGUUAACUACGAACGGAAAAUCGGUCUAUAACCUGAAAUAUGGUCUCAACGAUGGCGGUCUUAUUGCCACCAAGGGUAACCAAUACAAUGGCCACUACUACUGGGGUUUCUCUGCGAACUAUUACCUGAAUUAUCCCGAAGGUACCAUUGCGUUCGACGGGUUGAGCCAGAGCAGCAGCUUCUCUCAUGAGAUCGUCCGUAAUGACGGCGCUCAGAGAGCUUCGAAGUCGGUCGUCAAACUUGUCAAGCCCACUACUAUCAUCAAGGUCGAGGACGGGAAGAAGACUCCAAUUCAGGUCGCUUUCCCUGCUGAAAACGACACUCCUCCGAAGGACUAUCAGUAGUUGCACCACCAAUUGUUUCUUCCUUUUCCUUUCUUUCGUCUCCUAAAAAAAUUAAAACCCCGCAAAAAAAGUUUCUGAUUUCCAAUUGGCCUCGUUAACAAUGCGAUCUGCAGAGCUGGAGCAUAUGGAACUGGGUAGCAUUAGGCUGAUUUGUACGAUUAUAUACGAGUUGAAUAUCGAGACGGCGUGCUAUGUGUUUACC